AUGGUGUAUCCAACUGUAGUAAUUGGCAAACAUCUGUUCAAAUACUUCAAAAUGUGGAGUAAUGCUCCCAAUUUUAUUGAAGUUGUUAGUGACAGUUGGAAUAUGAUAGUUCAUGGAACUCUUAUGUACAUAGUGGUUCAGAAACUGAAAAAUACUAAGCAUGCCUUGAAGAAAAUGAAUGCUGAAGGCUAUUCUGAAAUUCAGAGCAAAGAUAUUAUGGCUUACAAGAAAAUGAUCGAAUGCCAAGAUGAACUGCAGAAGUAUCCUCAUGAUGAAGUCAUUAAAAAUGAAGAGUUUGAAGUUGUGAUGAAUUAUAGGAAUUACCUUGAGUUCCUAGCUUAUAAGGCAAAAUUGAAUUGGUGUAGAGAUGGUGAUGAGAAUACUUCUCUUUUCCACCAAUCAAUAAAAGCCAGACUAUUAAAGAAUACUGUCUAUGCUAUCAAUGACAUGAAUGAUCAUUGGCAAGAUAAUCUGCAAGAUGUUAAUGAGGCUUUCUUAGCCUAUUAUGAGCAACUUUUGGGUUCUCCCCUAGGGAAUAGAACAAGAGUUAAAAUGAUGGUGAUUGAAAAGGGUCAAGUGCUGAGUAUGGAUCAUAUCCAAUUGCUAGAAAGGCCUUACAUAACUCAGGAGGUUAAAAUUGCUUUAUUCUCUAUACCAAGAGAUAAAAGCCUAUGUCCAGGUGGUUGUGGGACACAUUUCUUCCAUGAAGCUUGGUCUGUUAUUGGUGAAGAGGUGACUCAGGAGGUUAUUCAAAGAAUCAAGGUUGUUAAAGGCUUUGCUCACAGUAAACUCCCAUUCAAACAUUUAGGAGUUCCUGUUUGUGCUAGAAAAUCUAUGUGGCUGAAUGCAAUGGCAUUAUUGACAAAAUGA